CGCCCCAACGCACGCUCACGCACCGUCGCCGCGGCGCAGCUCCGCACUUCGCGACCGUGCACACGCCUGGACGCCGCGAGACGUCCGCGGAUACGUCGCUUCCACCCCGUCUCGUGUCGCGCCGGCACUCCCUGACCAUGCUCCAGCCGAGGGGCGGCGCUGCGGGCGCUGCAGUCGCCUUGCUUCUCCUCCAGCUGUGCCGCGGCGCGCUCGGCCAUGGGCGCCUCAUGGACCCGCCCGCCAGGAACAGCAUGUGGCGCUUCGGCUUCCCCAACCCCGUCAACUACAACGACAACGAGUUGUUCUGCGGGGGCUACGCCGUGCAGUGGGACCAGAACCAGGGCCGGUGCGGCGUGUGCGGCGACCCCUGGCACUUCGAGACGCGACCGCACGAGGCGGGCGGCCAGUUCGCCAAGGGCAUCAUCGGCAGAAGGUACAGCAUGGGACAGGAAAUCGACAUCGAGAUCGAGCUGACCGCCAACCACUGGGGGCGCUUCGAGCUGACGCUGUGCCCGAACAACAACCCGGCCUUCGAGGCGACCCAGGGCUGCUUCGACAGGUACCCUCUGUACGUGUCCGGCACCCGGGACCGCGCCUACCACAUCCCGCCCAACACCAAGAAGAAGGCCGUGCUGCGGUACAGGGUGCGCCUGCCGCCCUACGUCACGUGCACGCAGUGCGUCAUGCAGUGGACCUACUACACGGGCAACAUGUGGGGCACCUGCCCGAACGGCACCGAGGCCGUGGGCUGCGGACGGCCGGAGACGUUCCGGAACUGCGCCGACGUCACCAUCACCACGUCCACCGGCGGAGGACUGCCGCCGGAGUUCGCCAGCUCCGACAACCCCUACCUGCUGUUCGUCCGCGACCUGCGCGCCCCCAACUACCUGUUCCCCCUCGUCAUCAGAUCCCAGGUGUGCCUAGCGACGCCGCGGUACCGACGCAUCCCCGGCAUCGACCACUGGUGCGAGACAAACUGCCUGCGGUACCCGCCCAACUGCCCGCCGGAGGUUUGCCACUGCCCGGACUCCUGCGAGGCGAUCGGGGAACUGGCGGGCAGAGAAGGUGCCGACGUCUACUGCCAAGACAAAUGUAUAGUCUACCGAUCGACGAACCAAUGUCCCGCAAGUCGCUGCCGAUGCUACUGAUUUCACUGUCCAGUUUCCCCUUUGUUUUAAAUUUCCUUUCAAUGUUGAGUUACCGGAGAGUGUUCUGGCUUACGACGAGCUUGGUGGGUUUCACUCACCCCACCACGCCCUUCCUCAUUCCCACUGUGGCUGUAGAAAAGAAGAGGCAGCACUCUGUAAAUCUUGUGAAAUACUUUGUCGCGGGCGAUGCAUGACAGCAAAAGAUAUGCCAGUGGAGGCUUUACAGUAGGCUCCUGUAGUAAUUUUUAAGAGAACCUACAUUAGGAUUAAGUAGUGUACCUGCACAGUUACAGUUCUCUUGGAUAAGACAAUUAAGAUGUAGACUGUAAGUGAGAACCGAACUCAAGUGAUGUUUGGAAAACAAAAUCAGGGUUCUGUGGAACAGAAUUUCAGGACUUUUACUCAAUUCCUCAUAAGACUCUUUGACUUCCCCUUCAUUAGAUCUGAAACCCUGCAUUCAAGUUCCUCUGCUGUCCCACAGCUAGUUUUGUUAGAAAGUGAAAGAUAGAAAAAAAUAAAAUGCUAACUGAUAAAAUUC